GUACUAGUGGGGUGGAAUUCCCUCAUGCAGGAGUUUGCACUAGAUGCCUUUACAAAGCUGGAUACUCUGGGAGCAGCGUGGGCUGAUGGAGUAGGAACUAGCCUGGGCGAUCUUUACGAGCUGAAAACCUGCACAUCACUGAAGGGUUUGUUCCUCUGCGAAGCUGUUAGAAACCUGCUUUAGGAAAGCAAGUGAACCAAAGCCCCGGCCCCAAACGCACCAGACCGCUCCAUGAACUCGCCAUGCAUCGAUUCCUCAUUGUUUUUGACAGAAACGUGCGUGUAACUUUAUCUGGAGGAGCCGAGGAUUUUUGUAGUUGGGCUUGUAGUGGUUUAAACCUGAGGCACCCGUAGAGCCUUUUCAGCAGGGAUGAGGGAGUGACAAGUCAGAGUCCCUGCGAGCGCACUUGGAAACCGCAAGCAGCUAACGCUCGCUGGCAGAGCCCCCCGAUGGGACUAGAGCCAAGCUCCUGCGCUCCUCACGGGGAUGAAGUUAGCACCGAGCUGAGUCAGGGCUGUGCCAGAGGCUGCGACCUGUGCUCCGAGUUCAAUGGGUGCCUGAGAUGCUCCCCCAAACUCUUCAUCCUUCUGGAGAGGAAUGAUAUCCGGCAAAUUGGGAUUUGCCUACCGUCUUGUCCCCUGGGAUACUUUGGCCUUCGCAAUACAGACAUGAACAAGUGCAUCAAAUGCAAAAUUGAGAACUGUGAGUCCUGUUUCAGUCGAAACUUUUGCACAAAAUGUAAGGAAGGUUUGUAUUUGCACAAAGGGAGAUGCUACGUCACAUGCCCCGAAGGCUACUCUGCUGCCAACGGCACCAUGGAGUGCAGCAGUCCUGCACAAUGUGAAAUGAGUGAGUGGGGGCCCUGGGGGCCCUGCUCCAAGAAGAGGAAGCUCUGUGGCUUCAAGAAGGGCAACGAAGACCGAACGCGGCGGAUUCUGCAGGCUCCCUCCGGAGACGUGUCCCUGUGUCCUGCCACCACGGAGGUGCGGCGAUGCACGGUGCAGAAGAGCCAGUGCCCCGAAGGGAAAAGGAAGAGGAAGGAAGAGCAAGGAAAGCAAGAUAAUGCGAAUGGGAACAGGAAUCGGAAAGACACCAAAGACGCUAAGUCUGGCACCAGGAAGAGGAAGAGCAAACAGAGAGGGGCUGCGGUCCUCACCACAUCCGCUAGCCCUGCCCAGUAGCUGCCCCUUUAUGUCACCUGAUGGCAAGACUUCAUUGCUGCUAUGUAUAUGAAAGCUUUAUUGAACCAGAGCACUGCUACACAACACAUACACAUGUCCAGAAAGACAGACAUAUACUCCCCGACCGACCCACAGACCCAACAGAAACCACAUACACAAUGCAUAAGGAGGCUGCACACACCCACACCACCCAGGACCAUGGAGGUACGCUGCUGAGAAGAGGAGUGGGAGCAAGCACGGAGGGAUGCUCAUCUCCCCAUGGCUCCACAGGCACGCUGCGGGGAGGAGAGAUGGAGUACGAGUCAGCAGAGGACCCAGAGACUUCAUGACCAAAGGCCUCAACUCGAGACCGGGUGGACGGCCCCAAGUGCAGCACGGCUGCAGCCACAGGGAUGAGACUGGACCCAUGUGGCCGCUCUCCCCAGCCUGGGACCCCGACUCACACAAAGGCAGUGGCCUCUUUCUCUUCCCCCCACACUUUCUUUUGUGUUUUAAGCUGUAUGACUUUAUCAUUGGGAAUACAUGUUAAACGGUUGUGGUAAGAGGUCAGUGGUAUCUGCCCUGAAUCUGCUUCAAAAGAGUUAUUUCCAAUUAAAAACAAACAAAAAAAGAAACCACCCAAAAACC